AUGGGAAACGUCAACCUCUCCGAGCCCUGCCUAUGCCAUGAGCUGCACCCAGAUUGCGACCCAUCAACCUGUCCGCAAGCAGCACAUGUGACAGGUCAACACGCCCCCCUAACAUCAUUCAGAGAACUGCGCAAGAGUGCCGACAGAGGAUGUCAGACCUGCGCCACAGUCGUCGAAGCGCUGCUUGUCCCAGAGGUGAGGGCCGCAUGGCGAGAUUGCAUAGCCCCGGCGUUGGAGGCCAAGCGCCCCGGCCUCGUUCAGGGACUGGAGCAAGAUGAAGACCUGAUCGAGCUCGAGUUUGACCCUCCAGACACGGUCAAUGGAAGGCGCGUGGAAGGCGAAGUGCGGAUCGUUAAGACGGGAGGGGAGCGAGCACGUUAUGUUACUCUGAGCCACCGAUGGGGUGCCCAUGAGAGCUUUACGUUGACCAAGUCAAACGAACAAACGCUGGCAGACGGCAUUUCGUGGGAAACCAUUCCCAAAACGUUUCAGGAUGCGAUUUGGUUGACUCGCCAGCUCAACAUCGAAUACAUCUGGAUAGACACGAUUUGCAUCGUCCAGGACGACCCAGAAGACUGGCGCAGGGAGUCCGUGAGGAUGAAGUUCGUUUAUGGCAAGUCAUACAUCAACAUAGCGGUUAGCCACGCGACCGAUUCCAGUGCGGACUUGUUCACCUCCAGCGAUCUGCCUCAACGGUAUCCUGCAUACGCCGUCCCGGACAACCACGGCGUGUUUGUUCGACAACAACCUUACCAGACGCACAACGAGUUCGGUAGCAACUAUGGCUCGGACAGUAGAUUUCCCCUGUUACGACGAGGAUGGGUGCUCCAGGAACGCCUGUUGUCGCCACGCGUAGUCUACUUCGACGCCGAGGAGAGGAAGUGGGAAUGCAACACCGCCGCAGACUGCCAGUGCGGUGGCAUUGUGUCUGUCUGGAACUUCAAAAUAGAUCACUGCCGAUCCGUCCUGCGCGGCGAGACGCCUCUCUCCAUUGAGUGGAUGCGCAUCGCCGAGAGGUACUCCGAGCUGGAGCUCACCUACGACUCUGAUCGUGUUGUGGCGCUCGCGGGCAUUGCGGCACAGGCUUCGAGGAUUGGGAGAGGAGGGAGAUAUCUCGCCGGCGUGUGGGAGGAAGACCUCGCGCAUCAACUCUGCUGGGAGAUAUUGGACACCCACAGGAAGCCGGAUCAGUACGUUGCGCCCAGCUGGUCGUGGCUCUCGGUGUUCGGCUCCGUCGGCUACUUCAACAGGAUGGACUACCACAAGUGCUCGCAGAUCGACGUUGAGAUCACAGAGGUGGAAUGCGCCACCGCGGAGGAAGCGGACGAGACGGGCCCUGUUGUGGGAGGGUUCCUCAAGCUCAACGGCCGGUGCGCGCACAUGCGCGCAGAGUUGCUGGACCCGGGCUCAAGGGACGUCCCGCCCAAGUUCGAGCUGACGCACAAGGCGACGGGGGAGAAGAUGGGCGACGGCGAGUGGGUCGAGAUGGACUUUGUGAUGAGCGAGGACGACGCAAGGAAGAUUAGCGAGGUCGUGGUGCUCUACUGGGGGGACAUGUGCGAUGACAGAAACAACUUCCUCGUGCUCAAGGCAGUCACUGGCCAGGCGCGGACGUUCGAGAGGCUCGGGAUAUUCUGGUACGAUAAGCGGACGGAGAGUGAGGAACUCGGAAGAGUGCUCGGCUGGUGUCGACUGGAGACGGGCAUCGUCAUCGUUUGA